CAGAGACUGGAGGAUACAGGCUUUCGCUUUAUCCAGGAGGAUGGCGGAUACCGGCCUGCGCCGCGCGGUUCCUAGCGACCUUUAUCCCCUUGUGCUCGGCUUUCUGCGAGAUAGCCAACUCUCGGAGGUGGCCAGUAAAUUUGCAAAAGCGACCGGCGUUACACAGCAAGACCCCAAUGCCUCUUCCCUCUUGGACAUCUAUAGCUUCUGGCUCAAGUCCACCAAAGCCCCAAAGGUGAAAUUACAGUCAAAUGGACCAGUGACCAAGAAGGCUAAGAGAGAGACUUCAUCCAGUGACAGCAGUGAGGACGACAGUGAGGAAGAGGACAAAGCCCAAGGACCUCCCACACAGAAGGCUGCCGCACCUGCCAAGCGAGCUAGUGUGCCUCAGCGUGCUGGGAAGGCAGCAGCCAAAGCGCCAGAGAGCGGCAGUAGUGAAGAAUCCAGUGAUGAAGAGGAGGAAACGGACACAAAGAAAAAGCCUGUCCUGCAGAAAGCAGUUAAGCCCCAAGCCAAGGCAGUCAGACCUCCCCCGAAGAAGGCAGAGAGCUCUGCAUCCGAGUCUGACUCAAGCUCAGAGGAUGAAGCACUGCAGACCCAGAAGCCAAAGGCAGCUGUGGCAGCUAAAGCUCAGACUAAAGCCCCAGCCAAACCAGGUAUACCAGCGAAAGCACGGCCUAAAGUAGCCAAUGGCAAAGCAGUCGCCGCCACCGCCACCGCCACCGCCGCCGCCGCCACCAGCAGCGGCAGCAGCAGCGGCAGCAGCAGCAGCGGCAGCAGUGACAGCAGCAGCAGCAGCGAUGACGCGGAGGAAAAGAAGGCAGCCGCACUUCCUAAGAAGACUGCACCGAAAAAGCAAGUCGUGGUCAAGGUGCCAGUGAAAGUAGCUGCCACCCCUACCCAAAAGAGUUCUAGCAGUGAUGAUUCUUCCAGUGAUGAGGAAGAGGAACAGAAAAAACCCAUGAAGAAAAAAGCAGGUCUUUACAGUUCAGUUCCACCGCCUUCUGUUCCUUUACCAAAGAAGUCCUCAGGAGCCCAGACUCCAAAGAAAGCUGCUGCGCAGAAGCGGCCUGCAAGCAGCAGUGGAGACAGCAGUGAUGAAUCUGAUUCAAGUUCUGAGGAAGAGCAAAAACCUCCAGCUAAGGUGGUCGUCUCCAAGACACCUGCCAAACCAGCGCCGGCGACGAAGAAAGCAGAGAGCUCUUCAGACAGCUCAGAUUCUGACAGUUCUGAGGAUGAAGCUCCUGCCAAGCCAGUCAGUACCACCAAGAGUCCCUUAAGCAAGCCAGCUGUCAUUCCCAAGCCAUCUGCAGCAAAGGCAGUGGCAACUCCUAAGCAACCUGCAGGCAGUGGCCAGAAACCUCAGACCAGGAAGGCCGACAGCAGCUCCAGCGAGGAGAGCAGCUCCAGCGAGGUAGAGGCCGCCAAGAAAAGUGUGACAACCCCCAAGGCCAAGGUGACGGCUAAAGCAGCCCCCACCAAACAGACUCCUCAGGCUGGCGGGGACAGCAGCUCGGGCUCAGAUAGUUCCAGCAGUGAAGAGGCGGAGGAGACAUCUAAGCCCCCAGCUAAGAAGAAGGCAAUAGGUGGAGCCGGUCCCAAACCAGCCCCUGUGAAGAAAACAGCAGCCAAGAGGAGCAGCACCUCCUCUGAAGAUUCCAGUGAAGAGAAAAAGAAGCCCAAGUGCAUGGUUACUCCUAAAUCACAGGCAAGCAAGGCCAAUGUCACUCCAGCUUCUCAGAAAGGAAAAGCAGGCAAGGAAAGUAAGGAGGAGGAGGGAGAAGAAACAAAAGAGAAGAAAAAGACAGCCGGGACCAAGCCAGGUUUAGGCAAGAAACGGAAGCAGAAUGAGACAGCAAAUGAAGCAACAACACCUCAGCCUAAGAAAGUUAAGCUCCAGAUUCCCAGUACAUUUCCAAAAAGGAAGAAGGGAGAAAAAAGGGCAUCUUCCCCUUUCCGAAGGGUCCGGGAGGAGGAGAUUGUGGUGGACUCUCGAGUAGCAGACAAUUCCUUUGAUGCCAAGCGAGGUGCAGCUGGAGACUGGGGUGAGCGAGCCAAUCAGGUUCUGAAGUUCACCAAAGGCAAGUCCUUCCGGCAUGAAAAAACCAAGAAGAAGCGAGGCAGCUACCGCGGAGGCUCCAUCUCUGUCCGGGUCAAUUCCGUCAAGUUUGACAGCGAGUGACCUGUAGUCAUCUUUGGCAAAGGAAGGGCGAUGCUGGGAGGCUGGCACUCACCUCCAGUGGACCCAGAAACUCAGUGUCGUUAGAAGAGAACUGUGGCAAGGACAGUGUGGAGCAGGCCCUGAGGCCUUCCAGUCUGCAGUCCUCUCAGGCUCCUGCUUGUGGACAGGCUUGUUUUUGAGCAUUGAUUUUCAAGGACAAAAAGGAUUUUUUUCUUUUUUUAAAGAAAUCCAUUUGGUUGUCAAUUGCCUUCUUGUUCUGUGGGUCUUCAUACUGAGAAAUGUGUAUAUUUUAUAUUAAGUCAUGUCAUAUUUUUGUUUCUCAGAGAUGAGUUCCACAGAUUAAAAUCUUAGCUAUUGCCUAAUGCAAAGCAGAAUGUCAUGUGGUAAUAAUUUUUCCUACUGGAGGAUUCUAUUUAUUUGACUGCAGAGACUCACAUUUGAUUCCUCCUUCCCUCAAGUGGCACCUAUGUAAGUCUUGUGAUAUUUGUCUGCUAAGCAUGCCCUGAGCUCAUCUUCGUCCGUCCAGUGGGCCUGACAUUGAAGCUUCCAGAAGCCAGCAUGGAUCUACCAACUUUGGGAGAUAAAACUGCAGUUCUUGGUACAGUAUCCUACUAAAUCGAUAGGCAGGAUUCUCGUGUGUGAGUGCCAUGCAACUGUCUUUGUCUUGUUCUCAGUAGCUGUUACUGGUACACGUUUACAGUACUUUUUAGUUUUAAUUUCGAAGUAAGCUUUUCUGACAUUGAAAAGCAUUUGCAACAACCUCACUGUUACUUGACUGUUGUAUAUUAAGUUCCUGAAUGUUUUUGUUCUUUUUUUUUUUAAACAUCAUUAAGAACAGAAUGGGAAAUUCCUGCAUGGUUGAGUCACAGUCAAAGAAGUGGAACUGACUAACCCCUGAGCCUUGGUGUGAAGUAGGUACAGUGGAUACACCCUGAACAGUUGUGGUGGUAAUCGGGAGGAGAAGGAGAAGAAGGAGAAGAAGGAGCAG